AUGUCAAAGAUCUUAAAACCGACGAGGCUUGAUCUUGAUCAUAAUGCACCAACUGCUUCAAAAGAAUGGAAGCAUUGGAAACGAACAUUUGAAAAUUUCAUUGAAGAUUGUGGAGAGGAUGCUCCAGACAAAUUUCGCUCUAUCAUUAAUUUUGUUUCAUCAAAUGUUUAUGAUUACAUUGAAGAGUGUGAUUCCUAUGAAAGUGUAAUUGAAACCCUAGAAAACUUAUAUAUAAAAACCCCUAAUGAAAUUUUUGCAAGGCAUCAAUUACUUAUAAGACAUCAAACAUCGAGUGAAUCCUUAGAAGACUUUCUUCAGGAACUACGUAAACUCAGUAAAAACUGUAAUUACAAGGAUGUUUCAGCUGAACAAUAUCGAGAGGAACAAAUAAGAGAUGCUUUUAUUUCUGGAAUAAAUUCGAAUUACAUUCGUCAACGACUUCUUGAAAAUUCAACAUUGAAUUUGCAAUCAGCAUUUUACCAAGCUCGUUCUCUUGACAUUGCACAAAGAAACUCAGAUUCUUAUAUGCAGAAAACAUCUUCCUUUUCCUCAAAUUUAAAUAUUGCUGCCGCUAUAAAAUUACCAGAAGAACCGUCAGCAGCACUUAAUGCUAUGACUAUUAAUCCUCAAACAAAAUGCAUUUAUUGUGGUAAUCCAUCUCACAACCAACGUAAUUAA